AUGGAAGGGGAACACUCGGGAGAGAACAUGGCCGAUGUCCUGCUACAGGUCAUCAAAGAUUAUAAGAUUACGGACCGGGUCGGCUAUUUCAUGGCCGAUAACGCGACGGCCAACGAUGUGUGCGUUGACUCGGUGCUGCGCGCCGUUUACCCCAGUAUGUCGGACAAGCAGCGAAGACGCAGGCGCCUCCGCUGCUUUGGGCAUAUUGUGAAUCUCUGCGCGCAGGCUUUCCUGAUCGGAAAGGACGCCAAAAAGAUCUGCAAAGAUCUAGACGCUGCAUACAAAGAAGGCGACAUGACGCGAAUCCGGGAGCUCUGGCGGAAGCGCGGCGCCAUCGGCAGGCUUCAUAAUAUCAUCAGAUAUAUUCGAGCCAGUCCUCAGCGCCGUCAGUUUUUCAGAUCAAUUGCCUGUGGGGGAGCACUGUCGGAGUUCGAUGGCUUAGAGCUUAUCCAGAGCCAGCAAACGCGCUGGAACUCAUACUUCAUGUCAAUCGGCAGAGCUCUCAAUGUCAAGGAGAGAAUUCAGAUAUUCUGUGACCAGUAUGAGGCUGGCCAGAGCCAGAAAAGUCUCGCUGAAGACCGCCUGUCUGAGCAGCAGUGGAACGAGCUUGCACACCUUCAUGAUCAGCUGGAGACGUUCUACGACGGAACCCUGUCGACGGAAGGCAGGCAUUCAACGCUAGCAGAUCACUUUCAGACGCUCGACUGGUUGCUAAAUGAGAUCCAGCAGGCCAAGAUUAAAUUCGAGGAACUUCACAGGGCGGCUGUUCGAAGGAAGACCAGUCGUGGAGCUGCCGCUGCUGAAGCCGACAACUUUGCGUUUCUUGCCGCUUCGGCAGAAGCUUCCUGGCGUAAGGCCGAGCAGUAUUUCAAUAAAGUGGACGAGACACCGGCAUAUUAUACCGCCAUUUCGCUGAAUCCGACUCUCAAAAACCUGCCCGCCAUCGACCUUCUCGAUCAGUUCCUGGAGACAGAUGUUAUCCGGCUUGGUGAGGAGGAAAGCUUUGACGUUAUCAAGUAUUGGAACGAUCGCUAUCAUACACAACCUGAUCUAGCACGCAUGGCACUAGAUGUUCUAUCUGUUCCACCAAUGUCGGAUGAAUGCGAGCGGUUAUUCAGCAGCGCUAAGAUCCUGCUUUCUGACCGGAGGUCGAGGCUUAAGAUCGACAUCAUUGAAGCUAGCGAGUGCCUCCGGUCCUGGGCAAGCAUUCCAGGAUUUCCAGCCCUCUGCAAAAAGCUCAUCCUUGGACGAGCAAAAGUGCUCGUCUACCCGUCUGGCUCCCAGCCGUCACCAAUUACGAGGCAUCGUCCUGCCCGCCUCUACUCAGCGGAGGCCCGCGUGGGCAACCAAUAUUUCCCGGAAGCAGAUGUCGAGGAGCUGGAAGGGUAUGCCCCUGGCGGCUACCACCCAACUGCCAUAGGCGACAGCUUUCACCAUGGACGCUACAUCAUAGUCCAUAAGCUCGGCUUCGGCGGCUACUCAACCAUCUGGCUGGCGCGCGAUGAGCAGCUCCAUCGUCAUGUGUCCGUGAAGAUUAUAGCGGCUCACGCGUCGGCCGACACCAACGAGGCCACCGUUCUCCGCACCUUGCAGCAGACACCAGCCUCGGCCCAUGUCGGGCGGCCGUUCAUCCCGGCCAUCCUCGAUCAGUUCAGCUUUGAUGGGCCAAAUGGCCACCAUCUCUGUCUGGUUACUGAGCCUGCCGGCUGUAACGUCGCCCAGUCCAAGGAAGACAGCAUAGACUUUAUGUUUCCGGCCGAAACUGCGCGGUCUAUCGCUGCUCGAUGCGUCAUGGGAUUGUCCUACUUGCACUCCAACGGCGUCUGUCAUGGAGAUCUGCACAUGCGUAACAUCUUACUGCACGAUUCCGAGCUCAGCACUACAAGCACCACCGACAUAUAUAAGCGCUUUGGCGAGCCCUAUAGUGUUCCAAUCCGCCGCCUGGAUGGAGGCGCACUCGAGCUCAACGCGCCACCUCACGCCAUCUUCCCAAUGGCUCAAAACAUGCGAGGACACGAGAUGCAUGACCCUGAGAUCCUCAUAUCCGAAUAUGGAACCUCUUUUCUCGUCAAGCAGGCAUCAUCGCCAACCUUGUAUACCCCAGAGCCGAUGGUAGUUCCUGCGUUUCCAACCCUCGCCGCCUCGCUACGCCCAUGUUUCGGCCCCUGCUUCAGCGGUUGUGGGAAAUGGGCCGCGGAGAGACGACCGAAACAUGCCAAUGGGAUGUGGCCGGUGGAGAGCUCCGUGCGCUACACCAUCUUUGCGGGCGAUGCUAACGUUCGAACCUUCAGAGAGGCCGGAAGCGGAUGA